UCCUGUUGCUGCACCUCACUGUGGGAUCCGCUCUCGACCUUUCGGGCUGCGUGCACAUGAGCGCUCCUCUCCGCGUCUGCUCGCUAUGCGCGUCCCGGAGCUCCGGAGCGGCUCUUCUCUCUCACGACAUCUGCUCUGAGAGCGGGGCGGAGGGGGGGAAACCCUGCGGGGAUUUUCUGACACAACUUGUCCGCGGAGUCGCUCGCAGCCGCCGCUGGAGGAGGAGGCGGCGGCUCGUCCCCGGGAAAAGUACCGAACAAGUGUCAGAGGGACAGCAACAGAUGUUUUCUGGUGGACAUGCGAGCGGCUGAGGAAUGAGAGCGGCUUCAGCGAGGCGCCGGCGGCCCUUCCAGCGGUUCUGCUGCUGCGGAGUCGGGCUGGUCGCCGUCAUUUGGCUCGCGCAGGUCAUCCAGGCACCAGAGACAGACUCUCCUGGAUUUCGGUCAGGCGUGAACGGCGAGACGCUGCGAUGGACGCGCAGGUUAAUGCAGGAGAAGUCAAACAACGAGAGCCUGGGCGAGCCCCGAGCAGCCAUCCAUGAGUUUCCAGACGACGUCUUUUCGAAGGAGCAGAGGAAACAUGGAGCUGUGCUGCUUCACGUACUUUGUGCCAUCUACAUGUUCUACGCUCUGGCCAUCGUGUGCGACGACUACUUCGUCCCUUCUCUUGAAAAAAUAUCUGAGAACCUGCAGCUCAGUGAGGAUGUGGCCGGAGCGACUUUCAUGGCAGCAGGAAGCUCUGCUCCGGAGCUUUUCACCUCCCUCAUCGGCGUCUUCAUCACGAAGGGAGACGUGGGAGUCGGCACCAUCGUGGGCUCGGCGGUCUUUAACAUCCUGGUCAUCAUCGGCCUGAGUGGAAUCUUUGCGGGCCAGACGGUGGUUCUGACGUGGUGGUCUCUCUUCAGAGAUUCUUCCUACUACAUCCUGUCUGUGCUGACUCUCAUCAUGGUGAUUUAUGAUGCCACGGUUGUCUGGUGGGAGUCUUUGCUCCUCAUGACCAUGUAUGGGAUCUACAUUGUAAUUAUGAAGUUCAACUCCCAGCUCUUGGUGUUUUUCACGCGUCAGUUCAGGCGGGCCGGGCCGUGCUGCGUCCGGUCAGAGGAGCACCGGGGCGACAAGAUCGGAGACGAUGCGGCGUGCAACAACUCCAUGAUGCUCCUCAACAAAGGUCAAGCCCCUGGCUCUGAGGCCGCUCCGGUCGUCAUGGUUGAUGAGCUCCUCAUCCUCAACCCUCACAAGCUCUCCUUCUCCGAGGCCGGUCUGCGCAUCAUGAUCACGCCUCACUUCUCGCCUCGAACCAGGCUCUCCAUGGCGGGGCGGAUGCUCAUCAGCGAGAGACAAAGGCUGAUCCGCAGCUCCAGGAGCCAGCGGGACGUGGAGGCCGGGCCCGCGUCCGGGUCCGGGUCCCGGCGGGCGUCGGCCAGCGGCAGCCUGAAGAGGACGGGCUCCUGCAGCCUGGAGAACGGCGGCGGGAGACCCGGCGUAGCCGACGCAGAAUCAGGAGACAAGCCGGGAGCCGAGGCGGGCCAGCCCGAGGAGGAAGAGGAGGAUGACUACGGGAUCUUCAGUCCGGUCCGCAUCCCAGACGGCCGCUGUGCGCGAGUCAAGUGGUUGAUCACGUGGCCUCUGGGCGUCCUGCUGUACUGCACCGUGCCGAACUGCAUCCUGCCGCGCUGGCACCGCUGGUUCAUGGUCACCUUCGUGGCCUCCACCCUGUGGAUCGCCGUCUUCUCCUACCUCAUGGUGUGGAUGGUCACCAUCAUCAGCUUCACCCUAGACAUCCCGGACUACAUCAUGGGAAUCACCUUCCUGGCAGCAGGAACCAGCGUGCCGGACUGCAUGGCGAGUCUGAUCGUCGCUCGACAAGGCAUGGGGGACAUGGCGGUGUCCAACUCCAUAGGCAGUAAUAUCUUCGACAUCCUGCUGGGUCUGGGUUUCCCCUGGGCUUUGCGCACCCUUGUGGUCGACCAUGGAUCAACAGUUUCCAUCAAUAAUAAGGGUCUGGUGUAUUCUGUCGUCCUGCUGCUGGCGUCUGUGUUUCUGACGGUGAUGAGCGUUCAUCUGAACCACUGGAGGCUAGACCGCCGGCUGGGUCUGGGCCUCAUGUUCCUCUACGCCAUCUUCCUGCUCUGCUCCAUCCUCUUCGGGCACAUGUGAGGCCUUAAGGUCAAAGGUCAAGCUGAGUACCUACGUUUUUACCACGUCUUCUUUCCCGAAGAGAGAGAGAGAGAAAAAAAAACAGAACGCCUUGUUGUGUUUCCUGUGAGAUUUUCCGUGCUCCUCCGUGGGACUCACUACUGUACAUUUCCAACCUAAACGCACGUUUUGUUUGUUGCGUCCUUCUCGUGCCGUAUUUGAAAGUAGCUUUUAGAGAUCGAAUGAGACGACGUAGCAAGCAGCGUGGUCGAAAAGAGCAGCAGGUUCAUCAGGCCUUAACUGACAACAAUGUAAAAGUGACACCAAAAAAAAAAAAAGGUUUAGUCUUAUUUUUAAAACAGGGAUGUGGCUCUUUAAGUUAAAAAUGUCCCAUAAACUCUUCUUUAUUUUGUGCCUGUUGAAUUUUAAAUUAUUCUCCACUCGUCUCCUGACCCAACCUCUGCUCCCUAAUGACUUUUUCUGGCUCAGACCAGUUCCUGCUGAAUCACCAUUAAAUUAGCAAACAAACUAUUCCUUGAUCAUCCAGCCAUUUUUUUCUUUUUUGAAACAAAAUCUCAGCAGUAUUUCACCGUAACAAAUUCUGAUUAACAACAAAGCAGGCUGAACAAACCGACCCUGAAGUCCAGGAGCUGCCGGGAGGAGAUGGCGAGAAACUCAAGUCUUGAUGUAAAACUAACAUACCUUUUCAUACCUGUGUAUGUUCUGAAUGUACGACCCGGUCGACUUUACGUCGGCUUCUUUUUCACACACUCGCAUAACGCAGACGGCACUGAAACACAGCCUAGAAACCUCUGGAGAUUUUUAGUCUUUACACAAACCUGUAACUACGACUCACCGCUGAGGAGGAAACGUCGGUACGGCUUCAUGUACGAAAAGGAUGACGGUAUUUUUGGAGGUCUUACUACGACGAGGGCAGGUUAGCUGUGACGCCUCACGCUUAGGUACGACGAUCCAUGUUUGUGUCGUUUCUCGUUCAUGUUUGGAGAUUAUUUCACUUUGGUGGGACAUUUGGACACACGCACAGCGACACGCGUUCACAGCUUCCCUGUGUGUUUUAUGGUGAAUAAUGGUGAAUACACCACCAAACCACACACACACACACACACACACACGAGAAUAUGUUUAGCAGACAGGAAAAUGUCUGUUUUUGAUUUUUUUUUUUUUUUGGUUAAUAAAUCUGUGAAUUCAACAGAAAAUGUUCACCAAUGGGGAUUUUGGUGAUUUAAUUUAAUUUUUUUUUUUUUUUCAAAUGGCUGUACAACUGUCCUCGUUGUCUCCCGGACAAAACUUUUUACUGUUUGUAAAUGUUUAAAAAAAAUUGACCUAGUUUUACAACAAUAAUGAAUGUCUGACAGAGAUUAGUUUUGUGGUGUUUUUGAUAUUUUUUCAAUGACGUGAAUUCUUGUAUCGGAAUGGAUGGACUGUGUGCUCAGUGGGAUUUGAACCGUUUGAUUUCAGUAUUGAUCCACUGACACGUUGACACUCAAGAGAACAGAAAAUUAGAUCUACAACUAAAAACUUCAAUGAACUGAGUUUUUAUGUUUAAUUAUAGAAAGAAAAAAAUACUUUUGUGAGCAAUAUGAAUAGUGAAAUUUGUGUUUCUGUGCUGAAUUUAUUAGGCGUAGAAAAAGUGCUGUUUUAAUCUAAAUGAAGCUCAAAUGCCAUUUUAUUUAUUGACAUUAGGUAGCCGUCUUUUGCCCCGUAAACUGUGUUUAAAAACACCUUUUUUCUGACUAAUUUUUAGCAACAAAGAUAUAGUUUAAGUACAGUGCUGUGCAAAACGACGGGCGAGAAAUGAUUGCUGCAAAGUAAGAUUUCUUUAAAGAAAAUAAAUGUUUAUAAUAGUAUAUUUUCAAUCAAACUGCAAAGUUUAAAAAUAAUCCUAAAUGUCUUUUGUGUCAUUCCUUUGGCUUUGAAACAUGUUUGUAAUUUUGCGGCAUGCUUUGCACAGUACUGUAUGACACAAUAAGUAAAUACAAGAAUAAUUUCCCUCUGGGAUUAAAGUAUUUCUAUUUUAUUGUCUUCUCAGAUGCAAUAAAUGCAUCUUCUUUUAGUAUUAGCUGGCAGAUGCACUGUUCUAACGUCAAAGAGAUAAAAGCUAUUUAAUAAAAAAGCUAUUUAAUAAAUGUGCAUGUUCCAGUGUAAACCUAGAGAUCCUUUAGUUUUGUAAAAGUGUAGAAAAAUCUUAAAGGUCUUUAUUGAAGUGUAUUGCAGUCACACAAGAAGAAAAGAGUAGAAAUGUGAGCCACAGGGUAAACAGCAUUGAGUGCAAACGAGACUGGUUUUAAUUUUAUUUAUCCAGUAUCUCCAGCAAUAGCUCCAUUUUCUCUCUCAUCACCAGUCAACUUAAAGUGUCAUUUCACAUCCAUGCAGCAUCCUGCAGGACGCAGAGGAGCCGUCGAUAUUACCCAUUUAAUGUUUAACAAAUUGAAUAAACUGAGCCGCUGUGACUUGUUGAUUCAGAGAGAAGAUUAAAUGCAUCUUUGUGUGAUUGCAGUACAGUUCUGUACCUCUUUGUAUUAUUCACCAGUGACAGAAAAAAACAUUCUUUGUUAUAUUGACAAGUCAAUUGAGCAAUAGAGAGAAGAAAAAAAAAAGCCAAAUAUUCACAAGAUUUUCCAUCUGACAGUGCAGAA